CCCCUCUGGCGAGUCGGCGCUGUGUGCCGUGUGAGGGCAAGGGGCUGCUGCCGCUGCCCGCUGACCGCAUCGCCACCCUGCUGCAACAGGUGGCGGGGUGGGAGGUGGUGGAGGAGGGCGGCUACCAGCGCAUCCGCCGGCAGUGGCGCACACGGAACUUCCUCGCAGGCCUUACUCUUUUCGAACGGGUCGCUCAGGUCGCUGAGGCUGAAGGCCAUCACCCGGACCUGCACCUGGAGGGAUGGAACCAUGCACGGAUUGACAUCUUCACACACGCCAUCGGCGGGCUGCAUGAGAACGACUUUGUGCUGGCAGCCAAGAUCAACUCGCUGCACCUGGAGGAUCUUCUUCGCAAGCCAAAGACCAAGAUUGCUGGUUGA